AUGACUAGUAAACCAGCACUUUUAGUUGGAAUAAGUGGGUGUUCGUCUUCUGGUAAGACUACGCUUUCAAAAUUGGCUAGUUAUGCUGUACCUGGAUCCAUAUUAAUCCAUCAAGACGAUUUCUAUAAACAUGACAACGAAAUUCCUAUAAAUGAGGAAUAUAUGCUUCAAAAUUGGGACUGUGCUGAUGCAUUACAUUUUGAAGCUUUUACUAGAGAACUGCAGAAUAUUAAAUCAUUGGGUCGUAUGUCAGUAAAGCCAGUUAAAAACGACAACCAUGAUGGUGUAUUGAAGUUCAAUAUAGAUGAUGGGUUUUGGGAGUCUAUUAACAGCCAAUAUGGGACACGGAUAAAAGCCCUAAGCUAUAUGGUCGUGUUUGUGGAGGGUUUUAUGCUUUAUCAUGAUGAAUGCUUAGCUUCGCUAUUUGAUAUCAAGCUCCUUCUCAGGGCUCCGUAUGCUACGCUUAAAGCACGUAGAGCGGCGAGACCAGGUUACCGCACGCUGGAUUCGUAUUGGAUCGAUCCUCCUUAUUACUUUGAUGAAUUCGUAUACAAGUCAUAUGCAGAAUCACAUAGAAGUUUGUUUGCAGAUGGUGAUGUCGAAGGCAAGUUGCUGUCCUCAGACAUAACGGAGAUUUUGAAUGAUGAAACUACAGAUAUUAGGAACGUUUUAGUUUCAGUUCUAGAGUCGGUUCUAAAUGUUGAAUCAGAACUAACCUCAAACACUCUAACCGGCUAG